AUGUCCUCUACAGCAACUCAACCCAACCAAGUUAUCGUGGUUGGUGGCGGUCUUGCAGGGUUUUCUGCUGCUAAUAGUAUUCUUGAGCAUGGUGGUAACGUUUUGCUCAUUGACAAGUCAGCGUUCUGCGGCGGUAACUCCUCCAAGGCUACUUCUGGCAUCAAUGGUUCGUGCACCAGAACUCAGAAGAAGCUCGGUAUCGAGGAUUCGAACAAGUUGUUCGAAUUCGACUGUAUGAAGGGUGGCUCCAAGAGUCCUGAGCUUAUCAAUACCAUGGUUGAGCAUUCCGGCUCCUCGGUCAACUGGCUCAUGGACAACUUCGAUCUCGAUCUUUCUCUUCUAUCUCGUUUGGGUGGUCACUCUGUUGAGCGUACCCAUCGUGGUAAGGAGCGUUUCCCUGGUAUGACUAUCACUUACGCUGAGAUGCAGAUGGCAGAGGCUAUUUCCAAGGCCCUACCUGAUAGAUGCCAGAUCAUCAAUAAGGCCCGUGCUACCGAGUUGCUCACCAACAAAGAAGGUGACGUGAUUGGUGUUCUGUAUACGACUAACGAUGGUCAAUCACAUAAGGUUUACGGUCCGGUCGUCCUCGCAACUGGUGGAUACGGUGCCGAUUUCACUAAAGAUGGUCUCUUGGCUAAGUACCGUCCUGACUUGCUCAAGUUGUCUACUACUAACGGAGAGCAUUGUACUGGUGAUGGCAUCAAGAUGGGUGUUGCUGCCAAUGCUGAUGUCGUUGAUCUCGAGUGGGUACAGGUUCAUCCUACCGGUCUCGUAAACCCCAAGGACCCUGACAGUAAGGUCAAAUUCCUGGCUGCUGAGGCUCUUCGUGGUGUUGGUGGAAUCUUGCUCGAUGCUGAUGGUCAUCGUUUCUCCAAUGAGCUUGGCCGUCGUGAUUAUGUGUCCGAUAAGAUGUUCCACAACAAGGGUCCCUUCCGUUUGGUAUUGAACACUGCUUCGGCCAACGAAAUUCGCUGGCAUGUUGAGCACUACAAGGGCCGUGGUGUCAUGAAGGACUUCGACAGUGCUUACGAUCUCGCUAAGGAGAUGGGCAUUCCCGCUUCUACCUUGGAGCAGACCUUCAAGGAUUACAAGGAGGUUGCUGAUAAGCAGGAGGCCAACCCCGAUGGUGGUGAGUAUGAUGCUUAUCCGACCGGUAAGACCUUCGAUAAGUUCGGCAAGAAGUUCUUCACGAACUACGACUUCAAGAUGGACGAUCACUAUAGCGUCGCCAUUGUCACUCCUCUUGUUCACUACUGCAUGGGUGGUCUCAAGAUCGACACGGCCGGUCGCGUCAUCAGCAAGGAGACGAAGAAGCCAAUCCGUGGUCUCUAUGCUGCUGGUGAAGUUAUGGGAGGUGUUCAUGGUAACAACCGUUUGGGUGGUAACUCCCUCCUCGAUUGCGUUGUCUACGGCAGAAUUACCGGAAAGGACGCCUGUAAGAAUUUCCUUCCUGCCCGAGAAGACGUGCCUUUGAAGGAUCUUGCCCUCGGUCGUACGAAGCCCAACAAGCGUGCCAUUAUUGUUGGUGGUGGUUUGGCUGGUUUCAGUGCCUGCAAUUCGAUCCUUGAGCACGGUGGCAGCGUGUUGUUGCUUGAUAAGUCUGCUUUCUGUGGUGGUAACUCGUCUAAGGCCACUUCUGGUAUCAAUGGAUCUUGCACUAAGACUCAGAAGAGACUUGGCAUCAAGGAUUCCAAUGAGCUGUUCGAGUUCGAUUGCAUGAAGGGUGGUUCCAAGAAUCCUCAACUCAUCAAGACCAUGGUCGAAGCUUCUGGCCCUUCCGUUGACUGGUUAAUGGAGAACUUCGAUCUCGAUCUUUCUCUACUUUCUCGUUUGGGUGGUCACUCUGUUGAGCGUACCCAUCGUGGAAAGGAGCGCUUCCCUGGUAUGACUAUCACUUAUGCUGAAAUGCAAAUGGCCGAGGCUAUCUCCAAGGCCCUGCCUGAUAGGUGCCAGAUCAUGAACAAGGCUAGGGUGACCGAUCUCAUCACUGGGGAUGACGGUGAGGUCAUUGGUGUUCGCUACACUAAAGAUGGCAAGGAACGUUCCGAGUUCGGUCCUGUCAUUCUUGCAACGGGUGGGUUCGGUGCUGAUUUCUCGAAGGACGGUCUACUCGCCAAGUAUCGUCCCGACUUGCUCAAGUUGUCCACUACCAACGGUGAGCACUGCACUGGCGAUGGAAUCAAGAUGGGUGUGGCGAUUGGUGCUAAGGCAAUUGAUCUCGAGUGGGUACAGGUUCAUCCUACCGGUCUCGUGAACCCCAAGGACCCUGACAGUAAGGUCAAGUUCUUGGCUGCUGAGGCUCUUCGUGGUGUUGGUGGGAUCUUGCUCGAUGCUGAUGGUCAUCGUUUCUCCAAUGAGCUUGGUCGUCGUGAUUAUGUGUCCGAUAGGAUGUUCCACAACAAGGGUCCCUUCCGUUUGGUAUUGAACACUGCUUCGGCCAACGAAAUUCGCUGGCAUGUUGAGCACUACAAGGGCCGUGGUGUCAUGAAGGAUUUCGACAGUGCUUACGAUCUCGCUAAGGAGAUGGGCAUUCCGGCUUCUACCUUGGAGCAGACCUUCAAGGAUUACAAGGUGGUUGCUGAUAAGCAGGAGGCCAACCCCGAUGGUGGUGAGUAUGAUGCUUAUCCGACCGGCAAGACCUUCGAUAAGUUCGGCAAGAAGUUCUUCACGAACUACGACUUCAAGAUGGACGAUCACUAUAGCGUCGCUAUUGUCACUCCUCUUGUUCACUAUUGUAUGGGCGGUCUUAAGAUUGAUACUUCUUCUCAUGUCAUUGGCGAGGGCGAUAAGCCUAUUCGCGGCCUUUACGCUGCCGGUGAGGUCAUGGGAGGCGUUCACGGCAACAACCGUUUAGGUGGCAAUUCUCUACUUGAUUGUGUUGCCUAUGGUCGUAUCUCCGGCAAGGAUUUGAUGGAUACUUUCUUCCAAUCUGCCAAGCCUGUAGCUUUGAAGGACUUAGCUACUGGAAGAACGGAGCCUCGUAGACCUGCGAUAGUUGUUGGUGGUGGUCUUGCAGGUUUCUCUGCCGCUAACACCAUCUUGGAACGCGGUGGCGAAGUUAUCCUCAUCGAUAAGUCUGCCUUCUGUGGUGGUAACUCGUCCAAGGCCACUUCUGGUAUCAAUGGAUCUUGCACUAAGACUCAGAAGAGACUUGGCAUCAAGGAUUCCAAUGAGCUGUUCGAGUUCGAUUGCAUGAAGGGUGGUUCCAAGAAUCCUCAACUCAUCAAGACCAUGGUCGAAGCGUCUGGUGCUUCCGUCGAAUGGUUGAUGGAUAACUUCGAUCUCGAUCUUUCUCUACUCUCUCGUUUGGGUGGUCACUCUGUUGAGCGUACCCAUCGUGGAAAGGAGCGCUUCCCUGGUAUGACUAUCACCUAUGCUGAAAUGCAAAUGGCCGAGGCUAUCUCCAAGGCUCUGCCUGAUAGGUGUCAGAUCAUGAACAAGGCUCGUGCUACUGAGCUUGUUCAGAAUGACAAGGGUGAUGUUGUUGGUGUGAAGUAUGAGAAGGGUGGCAAGACAUAUACGCUGGAGGGACCUGUUAUCCUCGCUACCGGUGGUUAUGGUGCCGAUUUCUCUAAGGAUGGUCUAUUAGCCAAGUACCGUCCCGACUUGCUCAAGUUGUCCACUACCAAUGGCGAGCAUUGCACUGGUGAUGGAAUCAAGAUGGGUGUUGCAGUUGGUGCCCAAACUAUUGAUCUCGAGUGGGUACAGGUUCAUCCUACCGGUCUCGUGAACCCCAAGGACCCUGACAGUAAGGUCAAGUUCUUGGCUGCUGAGGCUCUUCGUGGUGUUGGUGGAAUCUUGCUCGAUGCUGAUGGUCAUCGCUUCGCCAAUGAGCUUGGCCGUCGUGAUUAUGUGUCCGAUAAGAUGUUCCACAACAAGGGUCCCUUCCGUUUGGUAUUGAACACUGCUGCGUCUGACGAGAUUCGCUGGCAUGUUGAGCACUACAAGGGCCGUGGUGUCAUGAAGGAGUUCAGCAGUGCUUACGAUCUCGCUAAGGAGAUGGGCAUUCCUGCUUCUACCUUGGAGCAGACCUUCAAGGAUUACAAGGUGGUUGCUGAUAAGCAGGAGGCCAACCCUGAUGGUGGUGAGUAUGAUGCUUAUCCGACCGGUAAGACCUUCGAUAAGUUCGGCAAGAAGUUUUUCACGAAUUACGACCUCAAGAUGGACGACCACUACAACGUCGCUAUUGUCACUCCUCUGGUCCAUUACUGUAUGGGUGGCCUCAAGAUUGAUGAGUUCUCUCAUGUUCUUGGUAAGGAGGACAAGCCUAUCCGUGGUCUGUAUGCUGCCGGUGAAUUGAUGGGUGGUGUUCACGGCAACAACAGAUUGGGUGGUAACUCUCUUCUGGAUUGUGUUGCUUACGGCCGUAUUUCUGGUAACAACCUCAUCGACACUUUCUAUCCUAAGUGCGAGCGUGUUCCUCUGAAGGAUCUCGAGGAUGGUCGUACUGAGUCUCGUAAACGUGUUAUUGUUGUUGGUGGUGGUCUUGCUGGUUUCUCUGCCGCGAACACUGUUCUUGAACACGGCGGGGAAGUACUCUUGGUUGACAAGUCGGCCUUCUGUGGUGGCAAUUCAUCGAAGGCAACUUCGGGUAUCAACGGUUCCGGCACCAAGACUCAAGAGAGGCUCGGUAUAAAGGAUUCUAAUGAGCUCUUCGAGUUCGACUGUAUGAAGGGUGGCUCCAAGAGCCCAGAGCUCAUUAACACUAUGGUUGAGCAUUCUGGUCCUUCUGUUAACUGGCUUAUGGAUGUCUUCGGUCUCGAUCUUUCUCUUCUAUCUCGUCUGGGCGGUCACUCUGUAGAGCGUACUCAUCGUGGUAAGGAGCGUUUCCCUGGUAUGACCAUUACGUAUGCUGAGAUGCAGAUGGCUGAGGCUAUUGCCAAGGCACAUCCAGAUAAGUGCCAGAUUAUCAACAAGGCGAGAGCUACUGAGCUCGAAACUGAUAAUGAAGGCAAUGUUAUCGGUGUCAAGUACGAGAAGGAUGGUAAAUCCUAUGUUGUUGAUGGCCCUGUUAUCCUCGCAACUGGUGGAUACGGUGCCGAUUUCACUAAAGAUGGUCUCUUGGCUAAGUACCGUCCUGACUUGCUCAAGUUGUCUACUACUAACGGAGAGCAUUGCACCGGUGAUGGCAUCAAGAUGGGUGUUGCUGCCGAUGCUGAUGUAGUUGAUCUCGAGUGGGUACAGGUUCAUCCUACCGGUCUCGUGAACCCCAAGGACCCUGACAGUAAGGUCAAGUUCUUGGCUGCUGAGGCUCUUCGUGGUGUUGGUGGAAUCUUGCUCGAUGCUGAUGGUCAUCGUUUCUCCAAUGAGCUUGGCCGUCGUGAUUAUGUGUCCGAUAGGAUGUUCCACAACAAGGGUCCCUUCCGUUUGGUAUUGAACACUGCUUCGGCCAACGAAAUUCGCUGGCAUGUUGAGCACUACAAGGGCCGUGGUGUCAUGAAGGACUUCGACAGUGCUUACGAUCUCGCUAAGGAGAUGGGCAUUCCGGCUUCUACCUUGGAGCAGACCUUCAAGGAUUACAAGGAGGUUGCCAGUAAACAGGAGGCCAACCCCGAUGGUGGUGAGUAUGAUGCCUAUCCGACCGGUAAGACCUUCGAUAAGUUCGGCAAGAAGUUCUUCACGAACUACGACUUCAAGAUGGACGAUCACUAUAGCGUCGCCAUUGUCACUCCUCUUGUUCACUACUGCAUGGGUGGUCUCAAGAUCGACACGGCCGGUCGCGUCAUUAGCAAGGAGACGAAGAAGCCAAUUCGUGGUCUCUAUGCUGCCGGUGAAGUUAUGGGAGGUGUCCAUGGCAACAACCGUUUGGGCGGUAACUCGCUUCUCGAUUGUGUUGUCUUCGGUCGCUUGACUGCUGACGAUGCUUGUGAGGGUCUCCUUGGUCUCAAGAAGAGCGUCUCUCUGCCUGCUCUUGCUAAGGCACCUGCUAGCGUACCCAAGAAGGUUGCUCAAGCUAAGGUUGCUGCGGCUCCUGCUGCUCCUGUUGUACACGGCUACACUAAGGAGGAAGUCGCUAAGCACACCACUGAGAGUGAUUGCUGGGUUAUCAUCAAUGGCCAGGUCUUGAAUGUCACGAACUUCCUUCCAGAACAUCCUGGUGGAAAACUUGCCAUCAUGACCUUUGCAGGCAAAGAUGCUAGUAAGGAGUUCAACAUGAUCCAUCCAUCUGAUGUCAUUGAGAAGUAUGCCCCCGAUUGUGUCCUCGGUCCUGUUGUUGACAAGGCUACUGCUGCUGCUGCUCCUGUUGCUCCGUCUACUCCUGCUGCAGUGACGGUCACUCCGACAAAUUCUGCUGCCGCUGGUAAGUCGUAUACUAUGGAAGAGAUCUCGAAGCACAAUUCCCGUGAAUCUUGCUGGGUUGUGAUCGAUGGUGAGGUCUUGGAUGUUACGGGUUUCUUGCCUGAUCAUCCUGGUGGAGAUAUCUCUAUUCUCAACUAUGGUGGUAAGGAUGCUACUGAGCCCUNNNNGUGGCUCCCGUUGUUGCAACUUCUGCUGCUGCGAGCGGUAUCACAAUGGACGAAGUCGCCAAACAUACGACUGAGGAUGAUUGCUGGGUUGUCAUCAAUGGAUGCAUCCAAGGAGUUCAACAUGAUCCAUCCGGCUGGUGUGAUUGAGAAGUAUGCUCCCGACGCUACUUUGGGACCACUUGUUGAGAAGGCUGUCGGUCCUGCAGCUGCUGGUGGUGACUUGUCCCAGCCUCUUCUUGCUGACCAGUUUGAGUCCAAGGCUCUCACUGAACAGUGGUGGGGUGAGGAUCGUAACAAGUCGGACAUGUUCGGGCCACUCGGACCAUCCAUCAGCUCCUACGCCAUCUCUCUCUGCUACCUGAUUUGGAUGUUCGUCAUUGACACUCUCAAGACUAUCUUCAGUGUCAAGAAUUACAAGGUCCUGUCUGAUAAGUCUGGGUUGCAGCGUUCAGCUAUUUUCAUGAUGGUCUUCGUCACUAUUCAUGCUCUCGGUAACAUCAACCUGUUGGUUGGUGAUAGGAACUUCGAGGGUUAUGCUUAUCUCUUGAACCAUCCCUGUCCUUGGAGUACACUAUUCCUCCCUGUUGAGAUUUAUCUCUUGCUCGCCGGAAUUCUUCAUGUUGUUGUGGCUACUGUCCGUACCUUCAAGUUCAAGUCUAUGAACUCGUCGUUCCGCGACUUGGAGAUGUUCAUCACUGGUUGCAUUCUACUCAUCUUCCUCAUUGUGCAUCUUAUCCAGUUCCGUUUCGUUUCGGAGGCCUCGGCACCUAAGUACUGGAUGCGUGAUAACUGGUUCCCUUGUGCUGAUGAUGAUACAAGUUGUCCGAUCAUUCACUUCAAGGAUCUCUACAAAAUGGCAUUCCAGAUCUUUGAGAGCUUCGGUUGGGUGUGCUUCUAUAUCGUUGGCGUUAUUGCUUUCUUUAUUCAUAUGAAGAGUGGUCUCAGUCGUGUCAUCAUGACGAACGGCAAUAUCCCGAGGAAGUACAAGAGCACUACCCAGUUCUGGGGAUCAGUUAUGUCCUGGGUGCUUUUCCUUCUAUACCUUACAUAUCCUCUCUUCGCCUACUUCAACCCUGUCAAGGACUGGGCUGCGUAUGAUGCGAAGCAGAUUCGUCCACAGGCUUAG